AAGUGGGGAAACAAUGGAAACUCGGGAGUCGCGCCACUUUACUGCGUAUUAUUCAGUCUUUUAAUUGGCUUUUGACUUCUUUUUCUGCACUAUUGCAUGUGAAUUGUGUGCAAGAGUUAUAAAUCUUCCAUAUGAAGAAUAAAGUGAGACAAUUCUGGUGAUAAACAAAAAGUUAUUGCACUGAUAAGCACGUGAUUGUUUGGUUAUGUGUUUUGUUUACAUCCCCCCAAAGUGGCCAAUUUUUCUUGCAUUUUCUUUUAACACAUUUCACCUGAAAAUUGUGAAUAAUGCUAAAGACACUGUACACUAGAUUGCUCUCCAGACGACGGUCUGCCAUUCUAAACAGUCGGCAGAGAAAUCCAAUUGCGAUAAGUGAAGGAAUUCCUGGAAAUCUGAGAAGCAAUUUUUGCAUCUCUGCUGUUGAGUCCGGAAGUUUACUCUCUGCAACAAUAUCAGUGCCAAAUAUCAAGAGGGUGAUCAAGAACAGCGGAUUGGAGUGUGAGGAUGGUUUCAGCUGUAUCCGGACUGUGUGUCCUGUUUGCACAGACAAAGGAGAUCAUCGCGAAAGCAUCUAUAUCAAUAAAAUCACAGGAAACUUCACUUGUCCAGCUUGUCAGCAUUUGGGGAAUUGGAAUACAAUUGAAAAAUUCUUCCUGAAUGGGAAAACAGUGAGAAACACAAAAGAAAUGGGAAGAUUUCGCGAGAAUUUUUUGAAUUCUAAGGGAAAAAAGACUGAAGUGAGCUUUCCUGAUGGUCUCAAUCCCACUAAUGCGGUGAAUUCAGCGCAGAUGAAGAGUUUACUUGAGGACAUAGGUCUUCCUACGGAAGUGGAAACUAUUCUCAUGAGUCAAGGCGCCCAAAUAUCAUCAAAUCUUAAUGAGAUUUUUCUCCCUCUUCGUGAUGUGACUGAAACUGUGGUGGGAUACAAAGUCUUCUCUGUGGAGAAUCACUCAGAACGCACAAUUCCUGAUAACAAUUGCUCAGGCGUAUUAAUGCACAAACCCACAACAAUUGGCAACAGAAAGGACUCACAGAAUGCCAUCCUCGUUCUCAAUAUCCUGGAUUUUCUCACGCUGGCCGUGUCGAAGAUCAACUACGUGAUCAUUUGUCUACCUCACGGACUCAAGUCUCUGCCGCAGCAGUGCCUGCCGGUGAUGGAGAGAUUCCAGAAGCUGGUGCUGUGGUUCAACCACGACUCUGCUGGCUGGGAUACAGCUCGUCACUUUGCCAAGAAACUGGAGGAGAAGAGGUGCCUCUUUGUCAGGCCCACCGAAGCCCAUCCAACGCCCUUUUGCGCCCUUUGCCACGGACUGGAUCUCAAGGGGAUCCUCAGUAAGGCAGAACCUGUGCUCCACAAAGCCAUCACGACGUUCAGUGCUCUGCGGCAAGAUGUUCUCAGUGAUCUGCAGAACAUUGACAAAGUUCAGGGAGUGAAGUGGAAAAGAUAUCCUACGCUCAGCAAACUGCUGAAAGGACACCGGAAGGGAGAGCUGACUGUCCUCACGGGUCCAACUGGAUGUGGCAAGACGACUUUCAUGUCUGAGUAUUCGCUGGAUUUGGCUCUGCAGGGCGUGACGACGCUCUGGGGCAGCUUCGAGAUCCGCAACACACGCCUCGCGUCAACGUUGCUGCGACAGCUGGCUGGGCAGCGUUUGGAUGAGAAUCUCAGUGCCUUCGACGCGUGGGCGGACGCUUUCGAGAAGCUGCCCAUGUACUUCAUGACCUUCCACGGACAGCAGCCCAUCAAGGUGGUGAUGGAGGCGAUUGAGCACGCUCAGUACGUGCACGACAUCCACCACGUGAUCAUUGACAAUGUCCAGUUCAUGAUGGGCACGUCGGAGGAGAAUCGACAGGUGGAUCGCUUCUGGCGACAAGAUGCCAUCAUCACGGCGUUCCGCACGUUCGCCACGCGCAAGAAUUCCCACGUGACACUCGUGAUUCAUCCGCGAAAGGAGCGCGACGCCGAGGAUCUCACCACGAGCAGCAUCUUCGGCAGUGCCAAGGCCAGCCAAGAGGCGGACAAUGUGCUGAUCAUUCAGGACAAGCGACUCACGUCGAUCCGCGGGAAGAAGUACCUGCAGGUGGCGAAGAAUAGGUUCAGCGGGGACUUGGGCGUGAUGCCGCUGGAGUUCGACAAGGAGGCGCUCAGCUAUGCGCAGAAGAAGAAGAAAGCAGCAGAAGAGAAAGAUCGCGAUGAAGCGAUAAGAGACUAAACAUUUCUCUCAGUUUAUUAUUAAAUAUAUAUUUACAACAAA